AAGGUGAGAAGCAGUAUCAGUGGGCGGGGCUAGGCUCUCCGGGUGUCGGGUCCGCUGGGCUCAGGCAGGGAGUGUGCACCAUCGCUGACCAUGGGUGCGUGCCUGGGAGUGUGCUCCCUCCUCAGCUGUGCUUCUUGUCUAUGUGGUACAGCACCAUGCCUCCUCUGUGGAUGUUGCCCUUCUACAAAGAAUUCAACUAUAACCCGGCUGACGUUCUCGUUAUUCCUUCUUCUUGGGACCUUAGUGGCCUGUAUUAUGAUCAUACCUGGAGUGGAAGAUGGACUUAAAAAGCUCCCAUGGUUUUGCUCCUCAUCCAGCACCAUUUCUGGCUCUGUGAACUGUGACAUCAUUGUAGGACACCAAGCAGUGUACCGCAUGUGUUUUGCCAUGGCUGCGUUUUUCUUCCUGUUUGUCAUAAUAAUGAUCUGCGUACGAAGUAGUCGGGACCCACGAGCAUACAUACAGAAUGGGUUUUGGUUUUUUAAGUUCCUGAUUUUAGUGGGAAUUACAGUUGGUGCUUUCUUUAUACCAAACGGAGUAUUUACUACAGUAUGGUAUUAUUUUGGCAUGGUUGGUGGUUUCCUGUUCUUCUUGGUCCAGCUAAUCCUCAUUAUUGACCUUGCUCAUUCUUGGAGUCAGUCCUGGCUUCUGAGAGCUGAAGAUGGGAAUACCAAGUGCUGGUAUGCUGCUCUUCUCAUUUGUACUGUGCUGCUUUAUGCUGCUGCAAUUGCUGCCAUCGUGGUCCUAUACGUAUACUACACCAAACCGGAUGGAUGUGUCCUCAACAAAGUGUUCAUCAGUUUGAACCUGAUAUUCUGUGUAAUAGUUUCUAUUGUAUCAAUCCUUCCAAAAGUCCAGGAGGUUCAGCCACACUCUGGACUAUUACAGGCAUCCGUUAUCACCCUGUACACCAUAUUUGUGACCUGGCUGGCUAUGGCAAAUGUUCCUGAUAAAUAUUGUAAUCCCACCUUGCUGGCUAUUGUGAACAAUGGGACUGCUCUAUCAUCAUCUACAGUGGCUCAGUGGUGGGAUGCUCCAAGCAUUGUUGCACUUGUGGUCUUCAUCUUGUCCACUCUGUUUAUCAGCAUCCGCAACUCCAACAACCAGCAAGUGAAUAUGCUAAUGCAAACUGAAGAGAGCAGCGGCGAUGGCGCCGUCCACAGCACUGAAGAUGGGGUCCAUAAAGCAUAUGACAAUGAGGAGGAUACCGUGUGCUACAGCUACAGUUUCUUCCAUUUCUGCCUCCUCCUUGCCUCUCUCUACAUCAUGAUGACUCUCACAAACUGGUAUCUGCCAGGCUCAUCGGAUCAGUCCCUCACCAGUCCUUGGUCAGCUGUGUGGGUGAAGAUUUCCUCUAGCUGGGUUGGUCUCCUCCUUUACCUCUGGACACUGAUUGCUCCCUUGAUUCUUCCUGACAGAGACUUUCACUAAUCCGCACAGUCCUUUUUGAUAUGUUGUAUGAUAUUUUGUGAUUGCCGUUGGCCUGGCACAGCACUUCGUAUAUAUUAAGAGUAAGGAAUAUGUGUCGGACUGAGCAGCCAUACUGACCCGGUGCAGUGUUUUACAUGGCAGGCCAGAACACAAGGCUAUGUAUUAACACAGCAAUUAUGAUUAAUAACUUUAUGUGAACCAAUUCCUGCAGCCACUUGCACUAUUUUAUAAUUAUACCGCCUUGCCUUACUUGUUGGUAAGUGAUUUUCACUAGUAAUUUUCUAAAAUGGUGCCUUAGAUAUUCACCAAAAUAUGUAUGUGAGGAGCUCUAUAGAAUAUACCCUGCGUACUGUUGUUCAAUACCCACAGUAUAGGUCAUAAGUGUCUGUAUGCUGGGGAUUUGACUGCCACCCCUCCCCCACUAAUAGAGGUCAGGUGUUCCCCAAGAGAAUCUGUCGGCUCCAAAACAGCCCCCCCCCCCCACCCCCAAUACUUCGGAGUCCCCUCUGCUGGUUUGAACUCGGCAUCACUUACACUAUACACUGCUUACUCUAGUUUUGGAAGGGGGGCUGGGGGGGGGGGUGCUGGAGCUGACAGUUUUGCAGUUAAGCGUGCACAAUAAUGCUCUGUUCACUUUCUGUGGGAUGGAGUGGCAGUGGGGACAAGGAACCCUGUUCUUGUGAUUGUUAGGGGUCCCAGCAGUUAGACCCCCUCUUACCAGGCACUGUUCUGUGGACAAAGCAAAACAGUGUUUGAGUAGCAAGGUCUAAUAUCCUGGUUUGGUGCAGGUCACUCGCCUAUACUACAGUCAAGGUUGGUGAGAGCACACGAUGGACGCAUCCUUUGGAUUGAAUAGGACUGUCCUGUGGAUAGGCUUUGAUUGUGGAAGAACCAUUUUAAAGGGAACCAGUCAUCGGAGUCACAAGGAGCAUGAAAUGCUGAUGGGCUCUCAUUAGAAAGUACAACCUUUUAGGCCUUAUUCACACGUCCGUGAAGAACCUGUAUUAGGUCCGUGUGUCUGCCUUUGACCUCCAUGUGUUAUCCAGAUUCCAAGGACACUGCUUAGCUGAAAACUAGACCAUCUUCUACCAGUCAUCCGUGAAAACCAUGUACCAAAUCCGGAUGGCAUCCAUGUCUGGUUUAUGAUUUUCACGCAAAGACCUCAAUGGGCGUGUUUGGUCCACAUCACGGACUAAAGUAGUGCAUGAUGGCUCAUGCACACAACCGUUGUUUUGCGGUCCGUUUUUCACUGAUCCGUUGUUCCGCAUCUGAGGUUUUUUUCCCCUCUGAUUUAAG